AUGGCGGUGGUGGUGUUAGAUGAGUUUCAGCGCGCCCAAUCCUUGAUCAGCACUGACCGUAACGCGUCUAUAGACAUCCUGCACAGUAUCGUGAAACGUGAUUUCCAGCAAGAUGAUGAAGAGGCUGUACGUGUUAAAGAGCAAAGCAUUCUGGAGCUUGGUGGGCUUCUUGCCAAGACAGGGCAGGCAGCAGAGCUGGGGGGACUGCUGAAAUACGUCAGACCAUUCCUGAAUUCAAUCAGUAAAGCGAAGGCUGCUCGGUUGGUUCGGUCGCUGCUUGACAUGUUUCUGGAUAUGGAGGCAGCAACUGGUCAGGAGGUAGACUUGUGCUUAGAAUGCAUUGAGUGGGCAAAAUCUGAGAAAAGAUUAUUUCUUCGCCAGGCUUUGGAGGCUCGUUUGGUUUCUCUGUACUUUGACACUAAGAGGUACCAGGAGGCAUUGCAAUUAGGAUCACGGUUGCUUCGUGAACUGAAAAAGAUGGAUGACAAGGCGCUUUUGGUUGAAGUUCAGCUGUUAGAGAGCAAGACAUAUCAUGCACUGAGUAACUUACCAAAGGCACGAGCUGCCCUGACCUCAGCCAGAACAACUGCAAAUGCCAUCUAUUGUCCACCAAAACUACAAGCUGCUCUUGAUAUGCAGUCAGGGAUUAUCCAUGCUGCUGAAGAGAAGGAUUGGAAGACUGCAUACUCUUACUUUUAUGAGGCAUUUGAAGGCUAUGACUCUAUUGAUAGCCCUAAAGCUAAUACUGCAUUGAAGUAUAUGCUGCUCUGCAAAAUUAUGUUAAAUACGCCAGAGGAUGUGCAAACCCUAGUGAGCGGGAAGCUUGCUCUUCGAUAUGCUGGGCGACAGACCAAUUCACUAAAAUCUGUGGCCCAGGCAAGCAAGAAUCGGUCAUUGGCUGAUUUUGAAAAGGCUUUAACAGAUUUCCAGGCAGAGCUGCGGGAUGAUCCAAUCAUAACAACACAUCUGGCAAAGCUAUAUGACAAUUUACUGGAGCAAAAUCUUAUCCGAGUGAUUGAACCCUUUUCCAGAGUUCAGAUACACCACAUAGCAAGCAUUAUAAAACUGUCUAUGGGUGAUGUGGAAAGAAAGCUGUCCCAAAUGAUCUUGGACAAAAAAUUUCAUGGUAUUCUGGAUCAAGGAGAGGGAGUCCUCAUUGUGUUUGAUGAGCCUCCAGUAGAUAAAACGUAUGAAGCAGCGCUUGAAACAAUACAGAAUAUGAGUAAAGUAGUGGACUCUCUCUACAACAAGGCAAAGAAACUGACAUAG